AUGUCUGGCAUUCAUCGCUUCCUUACACGCCGUGAUCGGCAAAAAGGAGGUGCUCGAAGCUCCAAAGAUGAAACUGCAGGAAUGCUGAUGCCGAUACUACGAGACUUCUUUGUCUCAUCUACAUCCAAAGAUGAGAGUACCGAGCAAGAAAAGAAGGUGAAAAUUGUCGAAGCCCACCUUCGCUCUCUCGGGUACAGCACACUAGGAGUUGAACAUUUCAGACACGCUCUUGAAAACACAAAUUUUGAGGUUGAUAAAGCCAUCAGCCUUCUUCUGCUCUUGGAGGAUGCCAUUGAAGGCGUUAUUCGACCAUACAGCCCCACAAUAAAGCUUCUUGGCGCAGUCAACCGGCAAGGUGUCACCUGCUACUUGGAUGCCCUGCUUUUUUCCAUGUUUGCACACUUGGAUUGCUUUGAGGCUAUGUUAUACAAGUCUUUCAGUGACGAGCCCCGCCGGAAGCUUGCCAUUUGUCUCAGGUUUUGGGUGAACCUUCUGCGAGCGGGCAAGCUGAUCACUACCGACAUUACCAAAUUUCUGCAGGAGACUCUGGCAGAGUGCGGCUGGGAAGACGCAGCCAAGCUGCGCCAACAAGAUGCCUCUGAGGCUUUCACUUUCAUUACGGAGAAGCUUGAGCUGCCUCUUCUCACUCUGAAGAUGGACAUUUACCACACCGGCAAGGAGGAUGUCAGUGACGAUCACAAAUUUGUCAAUGAACGACUUCUUGAGGUGGCCAUCCCACCAGAGCCAACCGACGGCCAUGUGCUCACUCUUGAAGAUUGCCUGGAAGCAUACUUCAACAACCGCAUUGAAGUGAAGCGAUACAUGGAGCGACGAAAUACUCUCAGCUCACAGUCGGUGGACGAUCUUUCCAUAUCGAAAGGCUUCAGCGCACAUAUUGAAGAAGUUGAGGCCACGCCUAAUCAUUCGCCUGCCCAAUCAACUUCGCCUCUACCUGAGAGAGCAAGUCCUUGGUCGUCGUUUUCCGGUACCGCGGACUCUACGGAUGCGCGGAAGCUCGGUCGACGUGACAGUAUUGUCCGCGAAAGGUUCAUCCCUGAUUCUAGCGAGAAUCAACAGCAGGUUCCGGAUUCAGCGGCACCGGAAGGUCCCAGAAGGGGUGUCAUUCGGAAGGAGGUUAUGAUGCCUGCAUGGCAAUUCUUCAGUCUCAUUCCCUGGUACACGGACAACACGCCUACAAAUGAUGCACAGGUUGCCGCGCACUUCUCGGCCAAGCGCCCUAUCCUGGGCAUGUGUCUGAAGCGCUAUUCGUUCACACCCAAUGGGAAAGCUGUACGACUUAACACGUACAUUGACAUUCCUGUUGAGAUUGGGCUUCCUCACUUCAUUCAGGAUGACAACCUGGAUGGCGACGCUCCAAUUUACGGGAAUUUCAAACUCUCCUUGCAGGCUGUCGUGUGUCACCGAGGCAAUUCGGUCGACUCGGGACACUACAUCGCGCUGGUCCGAGGAACGACUGAGGACGGCAUACCUCCUGGUUCUCGAAAUGGGGCCCAGCCUACAUGUGCAGACGCACCGAGAAACUGGAUGCGGUUUGACGAUCUGGCGGCGGAGCGGGUUACCUUGGUUGAUAUUGAGGAGGCACUGAAGGCAGAAUCGCCUUACCUUCUGUUCUAUCAGAUCCUCCCAAUUGAUCAGGAUCCAAGUCCCGUUGAUGCCUCGAACAAGGCUUCGUCGCUCGCAUCCGACCUCACCUUGGACGGGGAGAUGGGUGAUGUGUGUCGGAAGCUUUCGAGUCUGACUGUUGACACAGAAGGCAUCGCGGCCGACAAUGUCACCUCAGCUCGACCUAGCUUUGAGAUCACUAGUCCCGAUCACGUGACUCAGCCGCUCGCCAAUGCUGAGAGACGUCCAAGCGUGGUGUUCACGGACUCCGUCCCCGUUGGGCCUCCCCGGUCGAUGCCCUCCAUGUCGCCAAGACUGGCGCCGAUGGAAGAAGCAGGCAGCGGUGCCUCCUUCACUUUUUCCCGUCGGAGUUCGCGGCACACCAAGAGCACUGCUGGCAGCCGUGCCGGUAGCCAAACCGGUGACAACAGAAUUGGGUCCACCUUUUCUCGCUUUGCCGGCCGCUUGAGCCGUGAUAAGUUCACCAGCGAUGGCGAUGGAGAGGCUGACGAUAUUGCUCUUGAGGUUGAUGAGCCUGCUGUGGAUGAUCUCAGCCCUGGGCCAACUAGGCUCGAUGGCAAGGAGAAAAAGGCCAAGGAUCGCAACCCCAAGGGCAAAUCGAAGGACCGAACCAAGGAUAAGGCUCGGAAGCCAGAUCGCGAGUGCAUUGUGAUGUGA